CGAUGGAGGUCCCUGGCCGCGCAACCCGAGCCGAGGCUCCCUGGAAGCAGCUCUCUGCAGAGGAGUUGGAGAAUCAGUACUGCCCCAGCAGAUGGGUCAUCCGACGGGGAGCAGAGGAAACCCUGAAGAUGUACUCACACCUAGGAGACAAGGCCACCAAGAAUGCCCGGGCCACCAGGAAGAGCCUGCUGCAUGUCCCCUACGGGGAUGGCGAAGGGGAGAAACUGGACAUCUACUUUCCUGGAGAAGUGGCUGCUGAAGGCUUGCCUUUCUGUCUGUUCCUUCACGGAGGCUACUGGCAGAGUGGAAGUAAGGACAUGUCAGCCUUCAUGGUCGAGCCACUGACGGCACGGGGAGUGGCCGUGGUAGUCGUGGCUUAUGACAUUGCCCCCAAAGGAACCCUGGACCAGAUGAUAGACCAGGUGACUCGGAGCGUCGCAUUUGUGCAGAGGAAAUAUCCGUGCAAUGAGUGGGUGUCCCUGCAGAUCUUCCUUUUGUCAGACAAUGCAGGAGGACGGGGACUUUACCUUUGUGGACACUCAGCAGGGGCCCACCUGGCUGCCAUGAUGCUCCUGGCCAACUGGACAAAGCACGGAGUCACACCCAACCUCAAAGGUCUUUUCCUGGUAAGUGGGAUCUAUGACCUGGAGCCCCUCGUGCACACCACUCAGAACGCCCCUCUCCUCCUGACCCCGGCGGACGCUCGGAGGAACAGCCCCCAGCUGCUCCUGGAGGCGGCCCUGACUCGGCCCUCGGGUCCAGCCUGCCGCAUGCUGGUGACUGUGGGCCAACACGACUCCCCUGAAUUCCACCGACAGUCUAGGGAGUUUUUUCAGACGCUGCGCCGGGGAGGGUGGGAUGCCUCGUUUGAAGAAAUCCAUGACGUGGAUCACUUUGAAAUCAUCUGGAGCCUAACCCAGCAGGACUUCGUGCUCACCCAGAUGAUUUUAAGCACAAUCCUUCCGGAGCUCUAACACCGCUGGAAUGUGACCCCUUGUCACCGAUGAUGAAGGUCCUCCACAGACCCCACACGCUUCCCCUUCCUGCCAGCACCCCCCUCCCUGUGCCCAGCAGCACCUCCGUUUGCUCCCAACACCACUGCAAAUCUCCCUCCCCGCUGGCCUGGAUGGAGGGGUUCCAGGGAAGGUCCAGCCCAGUCAACACUAUGAUCCCCAAGCCAGCUGGGCCCCUGCCUGCCAAGAUGGUGUGACAAACAUGACAAUGCCCGGCAAUCAGUAGACUUAGCUCCAGCUGAAAGUCUGCUGACCUUUUUGUAAGAGCUCAAAAAACAGUCUGUUCUGUC